GUGGGUGCGGGUGUGUGGGUGCGUGUCCCGUGUGAGGGACCAUGCGCUCCGGUUACCCGGUGUCGGUGCUACACUUGGCCGCUGUCGUGGCCUCGGUGCUCCCGGUCAGGACUCAGUACGGGAGCUGCAAGUCGCUGGUGAACGCGGAUGACGCGGGACCGACCUGGGAGUUUUACGCGUGUCAGCCCCGACCCGCGGCCAUGAAGGAGUACCUGAAGGUGCGGGUGGAACCCCCGCGGGUGACCUGCGGAGACCCGCCUGAACGCUUCUGUGCUCUGGGCAAUCCCUACAUGUGCUUUAGCGAGUGCGACGCUUCGAACAGAGACUUGGCCCAUCCUCCACCGCUCAUGUUCGACAAGCAGGGGAAAGGACCCGUGACGUACUGGCAGAGUAUCACGUGGAGCAAAUACCCAGAGCCUCUCCUCGCUAACAUCACCCUGUCCUGGCAGAAGAGCAUCCAGCUGACCGAGGAUAUAGUCAUCACCUUCGAGGCAGGUCGACCCACCGUCAUGGUGCUGGAGAAGUCCCUUGACUAUGGCAGGACAUGGCAGCCUUAUCAGUACUACGCAGAGGACUGCAUGGAGUCCUUCAGAAUGGAAGCCAAAAGUGUCCGAGACCUUUCACCAGUGAGUGCCCUGCAGAUCCUGUGUACGGAACAGUACUCCAGGUGGGUGGGUUACGAGAACGAGAAGGACUUACGUUUUGAGGUCAGAGACCGCUUUGCCCUGUUUGCUGGCACCUUCCUCCGCAACAUGGAGGCUCUGUACAAGAGGAUGGACAGCAACAAGGGCCUCAGGGACUUCUUCACCAUCACCGACCUCCGCGUUCGGCUCAUCAAACCCGCCACAGGAGGUACCUUCGUGCAGCGCGAGUAUCUGAACAAAUACUUCUACGCCAUCUCGAACGUGGAAGUGGUUGGCAGAUGUAAAUGCAACAUGCACGCAAACAGCUGCAGCUACAAGGAAGGCAGCCUGAUGUGCGAGUGUGAGCACAACACGACUGGGCAGGACUGCGGCAAAUGCAAGAAGAAUUACCGGGCCAAGUCGUGGCGUCCUGGGAGCUACCACCCCUACCCGAUCGGCACACCCAACAGCUGUGCAGCCGUUAGUUCCGCCUAUGGCACUGUUCAAAAGUCCCAAGCAGCAAUCCCACCCCCAGUCGUCUCCUCACAGAAGCCACAGAAAGCACCAGAACCAGCCUCGAAACCAGAGCGAAAAGCGAAGGGGAAACCGGGCCCGCUACUUGAUCGCAAAGUGAAGAAGGAGCCUGUCCCAAUCGCUGAGCGUGAAGUCAAAAAGGGAGGACGUAACCCAACAUCAAAGCCAGGAGUCAAGAAAAAUGUUCCAAUUCGGAAAGCAAGUUCAGGGGAUGAAGCACCCUCUGGUGGAAAAGAGGCCAAGAAGAACACAAGAGCGCCAGGAACAAUGUCCAAACCCCUCGGGUGGCAACCGAGUUCCAUGUCAAGACGAGGCUUCGUGAAGACCAAAGACUGCGAGUGCUAUGGCCACUCCAACCGGUGCAGUUACAUCGAAUUCCUCAACAUCGUGACGUGCGUCAGCUGCAAACACAACACACGGGGUCAACACUGCCAGCACUGCCGUCUCGGGCACUACCGCAAUGCCUCCGCCGAGCUCGACGACGAGAACGUGUGUAUAGAAUGUAACUGCAAUCAACUGGGAGCCAUCCACGACCGCUGCAACGAGACAGGAGCCUGCGAGUGCAAAGAGGGAGCCUCGGGCCUCAAGUGUGAGGAUUGCGCGGCUGGAUACUACUGGAGACAGGGCUGUUUCCCCAACAUCUGCGACAAUGAACUGAUGGUGUGUCAGAACGGGGGCACGUGCCACAAGAACCAGCGUUGUAUCUGCCCCAGUGGGUACACGGGUAUCCUGUGCCAGAGUGGCAGCUGCAGCUCCGAGGACAGUAACUGCAACUCGGGCCCUCCUUCCGCCUCCCUGGGAUCCUCCGCAGCGAUUCUGGUGGUCUCCGCACUCAUCCUGCGCAUCCUGGCAGCGCUCAACGAAUGACGGACCCUUUACGCCGACGGCCCCUCCCCCCGCCCCGGAGACAGACAGACAGACAAACAUUGCCUAACCAAGGUCUGCUUCCCCAGGGAAAGCACAAGCCUAUUUGGUCGGCAGCGACCCACUGGUGGGGCCCACCAGCCAGGGUGGCAGUGUCAGUUUAAGCCCACGACACCAAAAAAAAAACCAAUGAAGGUAAGAGUGUACAGGUAAACAUAACACCAAAUGGGAUCUACAAUGAACAUGGCUCACAUCCACUUGGGGGACAAAAGCGGACAUUUAUAUUAGGAAGUAAGUUCAUCACUAUACAGCCUAUGGAAUAUCCAGGAACAAAAUCGACAACUCUACUGUUCAAAUCCUCCUGCAUAUUCAAUCUCAUCUAUUGCCUAGGAGUACUGAUGCCUAACACACACUAGUGGCUGCGUUUCGCAAAAAUACCAGUUCACAGAAAGGGUUUGGUUUGGGGUUUGCUAAUGAGAAUGGUUUGACAUGAGGUGAAAACGACUGGUAUAUAACAUGACGAGCACUAUAAAUAACUCUUACCCGGUUUCAGUACUUUUCUUUUGUAGAAAUGGUUAUUUUUUGCUCUAUCUAAAUGUUAACAUGAAAUAUUAUGGACAUUUUAUUAUACAACAACUGCAGCACACAGUAAAGUGACUGGUUACAUCAUU